AUGGAAACUCGUUUGCAGUAUCGUCUCAUUCAUCGCGUUUAUUAUUUUCAAGCGACGCUCACUUUGCUUUUUCUGUAUCUCGGCUCUGUCAACAUGGCUACAUUGUCGAUCGAAGAACGUUGUGCGGCUUUAUCAAUAACAGAGGAGGAGACAGGAGGACUGGCGGUGCCCGAUCUCCAGGAAUCAGCCAGAUCCAGCGACUAUUGGACAUUGGUGGGGCGUUUUCUCACCGAUAGAUUGGUCAAAUUCAACCACAUGCAGCAGAUCAUGGCGUCCGUUUGGCGUCCUGUGAUGGGAAUGCAUGCGACUUCGUUGGAGGAGAAUCUUUUCCUCUUCCAAUUUCCACAUCCGAAGGACAUGCAACGAGUUAUCGAUGAUGGCCCAUGGUCCUUCGAGAAUCAGACGCUGGUUUGUGCGCAGGUGCCUCCCGGGACGAGACCGGAGGACGUUGUGCUGGACUCUGUUCAGUUUUGGAUUCAAAUCCAUGGCUUACCAUCCAUGUACGCGUCAUCGGAGUUCAUCGCUCGCAUCGGCAAUUAUGUCGGUGAAUUCGUGGCAGAGGACCCCUUCAAUUUCGGCGGUUCAUGGAGAAGCUAUUAUAGAAUGCGGGUGAAACUAGCGGUUGAUACUCCGCUGAAACGGAGGAUGAAGUUAUGUCGGAAAGAUGGCUCCACACAAUGGCUUACGUUCAGGUAUGAGCGCUUAAAUGCUUUCUGUUUCUGUUGCGGCCUCUUAGGCCACAUUGAUAAAUUUUGUAAGAAGGUUUAUGAAGAGGGGAUUGAGCCUGAAUGUUUUCCAUACGGAUCAUGGAUGAGGGCUGGGGCUAGACGCCAAGCUAAGCCCGUCGGAGCUAAAUGGCUUCUUCCGUCUACUGGACACGCUCCGGUUGUAAACACAGGGGCGGGUUUCACACAAACACCACUGGAUAUGGUGACAUUGGAGGAGGCUGGGGGUAUUCAGGGGGAUCUCAAACGGCGAAGGGAGGAUGACGAUGUGAUGAGUUCGAUGAGGGAGGAUGAUGUGUUGAUGGCGGAAAAUAUGAAAUCAAUUGAUUCGGCGGGUCUGGUUGGCCAGGCUCGCCCGGCUCAAUGA